AUGCCAUCCAAGAUGCCGUCUUCAAAGUCUUCCCAAUCCGCGCAACUCUCAGGAACUGACACCAAAUGGUCGCAUGAGUUUGAUACGGUCCGUCGCGAAAACCUCUUUCGAAACCCACCAAAAGACCAUACCGCAUACCCAGCCUUACAAGCCGCAAUCGCCCCUCAUAUUGAAUCUUUCGAUGCAUUGUUUGGCGAAGAUGGCCUCAUCGCGCGGGGUUUGAAGGAUAUAGGAACGAAACAUUUCCUCGAUGGAACCCAGAAUACACCCAUAGAAAGAAGAAAUAAACUCUCUAUCAGAUUCAAGGAGGUGAUUGUCAACAAACCGCAGCUACCAGAUUCCAAUAAGUUUUCAAAAGUACGAGGUAUCUUGCCUGCAGAAUGCAGAGAACGUCAUGUCACGUAUCGUGGAAAAUUGAGCGCCCGUUUGGAGUACCGUGUAAAUAAUGGGGAUCCUAAGGAGGUCGUUAAAGAACUUGGGCAGUUGCCCAUCAUGUUAAUGUCCAAAAUGUGCCAUCUUCAAAACAACUCGCCCGACUUAUUAGUACGCAGGAAAGAGGAGGCAGAAGAGUUGGGAGGAUAUUUCGUGGUCAAUGGUAUUGAAAAACUUAUUCGACUCCUGAUCGUAAAUCGAAGAAACUUCCCAAUGGCAAUCGAACGCCCUUCAUUUACAGGCAGAGGUCCGGGAUAUACAAAAUAUGGUAUCAUCAUGCGUUCUGUUCGACCUGACGAAACAUCCCAAACCAAUGUACUGCAUUACCUCGAUGACGGAAAUGUCAUUUUUCGAUUUUCGUGGAAAAAGGCGGAGUACCUCGUCCCGGUCAUGAUGGUCAUGAAAGCACUGGUGGAAACGAACGAUCGGGAAAUAUUUGACGGUAUUGUUGGCAACAACCAAAGCGGCGAGUCGAAAAAGGAGUUCUUCUUCGACCGAGCGGAAUUAUUGUUGCGAACAUAUAAGAGUUACGGUCUCUACACGAAAAGUCAGACGCGUGCGUUUCUUGGAGAAAAGUUCAGAGUGGUAUUAGGCGUACCAGCGACCAUGUCAAAUUACGAUUGCGGUACAGAAUUCUUACGAAAGAUUGUUCUUGUUCACUUGGGAAAUGCCAAUGUUACCGAAACUCAGGAUACCGACAAGUUUAAAAUGCUCCUAUUCAUGAUCCGAAAAUUGUAUGCAUUGGUUUCUGGAGAGUGCGCCGUUGACAACCCCGAUGCCGUUCAAAAUCAGGAGAUAUUGCUCGGAGGAUUUUUAUAUGGGAUGAUCCUCAAAGAAAACCUCGAAGACUUCGUAUCUUCUCAGAUUCAGGCUGUACUUCGCGAUCAUAUAAGGAAGAGUCCUGAAGAAACCUUUUCUACGCCCGAAUUUUUGAAAAAGUUCCCUGUUCAGAUCCUGUCAAGAGCUGGAAAUAAUAUUGGAGGCAAACUUGAAUACUUUAUGUCCACUGGAAAUCUCGUCAGUCCUACCGGUUUGGAUUUGCAGCAGGUAUCAGGUUUCACUGUGGUGGCAGAAAAGAUCAACUUCUUGCGAUUCAUAAGUCAUUUCCGCAUGGUCCACAGAGGAAGUUUCUUCGCUCAAUUAAAAACCACGACCGUUCGAAAGCUACUCCCAGAGAGCUGGGGGUUCUUGUGCCCUGUUCAUACCCCUGAUGGAAGUCCCUGUGGGUUGCUGAACCAUCUUGCUCACAAGUGUAAGAUUCAGAUUCAAUCGAUCGACGUUUCCAGUAUACCACAGCUGGUUGUGGAUCUUGGAGCGGUUAGCUCAAACUCUUCGUCCACCAAAGAAAGUGUCGUAAUUCAAUUGGACGGACGGAUUUUGGGCUGGUGUACUCCUAAGCAGGCCUUACUUAUUGGUGACACUCUAAGAUACUGGAAGGUCGAAGGAACGCACAAUGUACCAAAAGAGCUGGAAAUUGGUUACGUACCUAAUUCUCGAGGAGGUGCAUAUCCCGGUAUUUAUAUGUCUUCUGGGCCCUCGAGAUUCAUACGACCGGUUAAAUACCUACCACUCGAUAAAGAGGAUUUUGUUGGCCCACAAGAGCAGCCGUUCAUGUCAAUUGCGGUCACGGAGCCUGAGAUUAUUUCUGGAGAAUCUACGCAUGUUGAAUUUGACCCUACAAACAUUCUCUCUAUUCUGGCAAACAUGACACCGUUUUCAGAUCACAAUCAAUCUCCCCGUAACAUGUACCAAUGUCAGAUGGGAAAACAAUCAAUGGGUACUCCUGGAACUGCGAUUCGCUAUAGAACAGACAACAAGAGUUAUCGGUUACAAACCGGGCAAACACCAAUCGUUCGGGCGCCUCUUCACAACGAGUAUGGUUUCGACAACUUUCCUAACGGUAUGAAUGCAGUUGUGGCUGUCAUCUCAUAUACUGGUUACGAUAUGGACGAUGCUAUGAUAAUCAACAAGUCGGCGCACGAAAGAGGAUUUGGUCACGGUACAAUUUACAAAGUGAAGAAGCUCGAUCUGGAAGAGGGCGAUAAGUCGCGGUCUUCGAAAAAAGUCAAGAAACUAUUUGGAUUUGCACCAGGCGCCGAGAUCAAAGCCGAGGUAAAGGCGGAUUUGGACGACGAUGGACUGCCUCACAUUGGACGGUUACUGAACGAUAAUAGUAUCAUCGCUGCAUGGCAUACUGUCACACAAGAUGCCACAGGCGACUUUGUCAAUAAGGAUGGUAUAACACACUACGAAAGAUACAAGGAGAAAGAACUGGCCUUUAUCGAGGAGGUUCGACUGAUCGGAAAUGAAAAUGGUACUGAUCCGCUGCGAACGAUGUCCAUUAAGCUACGAGUUCCCCGAUCCCCUGUCGUUGGUGAUAAGUUUUCCUCCAGGCACGGGCAAAAGGGUGUUUGUUCUCAAAAGUGGCCUACAUAUGACAUGCCAUUCACCGAGUCAGGAAUGCAGCCAGAUACUAUCAUCAACCCUCACGCCUUCCCUUCCCGUAUGACAAUCGGCAUGUUUGUUGAGUCGCUUGCUGGCAAAGCUGGGGCUCUUCACGGUCUUGCCCAAGACAGUACACCAUUCAAAUUUGACGAAGAACAUACCGCGGGUGACUACUUCGGGCAUCAACUCAUGAAAGCGGGAUACAACUAUCAUGGCAAUGAGCCUAUGUAUUCUGGCAUCACUGGUGAGGAACUCCAUGCUGACAUCUAUAUUGGAGUCGUGUACUACCAGCGUCUGAGACAUAUGGUGAACGAUAAAUUCCAAGUUCGAACCACAGGACCAGUAACGCAACUCACCGGUCAACCCAUCAAGGGUAGAAAGAAGGGUGGUGGUAUUCGUGUCGGUGAGAUGGAACGUGAUUCUCUACUUGCCCACGGAACUGCUUUCUUGCUCCAAGAUCGCCUUCUCAACUGCUCGGAUUUCCAGCGUUCGUGGAUCUGUAAAGCGUGUGGUACCUUCUUAUCCGUGCAACCCACUGUAUCGGCACUCUCCACGCGACAAUCGGGAACCGGAAUCGUGCGAUGUCGCAAAUGUGCCCACACGGUUGAUGAGUGGUCACGAGGCUCGGAGGUUUGGGAGGAUGGAAGUGGCCAGAAAUACGCUGGCGGCGAUGAUACUACGAUUGUUACCGUGCCAGGCGUGCUGAAGUAUCUGGAUGUCGAGUUGGCUGCUAUGGGGAUCAAGCUCAAGUACAAUGUCGGACCGUGA